AUUUAAGUUGGUUUUCUGAAACUUUUUAUUGUCUUGUUUAGGGGACAGGCUUAUUUAUGUUUAAAAAAAAUAUUUCGUGGAUCAAAAGGCUACGAGGAGAUUUACUUGUUUUUCAAUUACAUUAUUAUAGGUGAAUGUAACGGUAUUUUGGAAUGGUACUGAUAGUUUUAGGUUAAUAGUUAUAGGAGGCAAAUUUUAUUAUGAAUUGAGGAGUGCAGACAUGGCGGCUACUAGGAAAUUACAAGGAGAAAUAGACCGUUGCCUGAAAAAAGUUACAGAAGGUGUUGAAACAUUCGAAGACAUUUGGCAAAAAGUCCAUAAUGCAGCCAACAGUAACCAAAAGGAGAAAUAUGAGGCUGAUCUCAAAAAAGAAAUUAAAAAAUUACAAAGGCUAAGGGAUCAAAUUAAAAGUUGGAUAGCUUCGGCUGAAAUUAAAGAUAAAAGUGUUUUAAUGGAAAAUAGGAAACUUAUAGAAACGCAAAUGGAGCGGUUUAAGGUAGUAGAACGAGAAACUAAAACGAAGGCUUAUUCGAAAGAAGGUUUAGGUGCAGCGCAGAAAUUAGACCCCGCUCAAAAGGAGCGAGAAGAAAUCCAGCAUUGGUUAGCGUCAUCAAUAGAAAAACUUAAUAUCGGUACUGAUAGCUUUGAAUCUGAAAUAGAACAGCUAUUAUCCAACAAAAAGAAAAAACUGGACAAAGAUAAACAGGAUAGGAUAGACGAAUUGAAAUCUAGAUUAGAGAAACAUAGGUUUCACAUAAGGAAAUUAGAGACUUUGUUAAGGAUGUUGGAUAAUAUGUCUGUUGAAGUGCAACAGAUAAAAAACAUAAAAGACAACGUCGAAUACUAUAUAGACUUCAAUACCGAACCAGAUUUCGAAGAUAACGAAUUCAUUUAUGACGAUAUCAUCGGCAUGGACGAAGUCGAACUAUCCGGAGUCGGUCUGCCUUCAUCGGCGACGACGGAUAGCAAUGAAACCGGCGGUUCGCCCACCUCCAACAUAUCUGACCAAUCGAUGGGUCUUUUAGGUUCGACGCCUCCGCCUCCGACGUCAUCGCCGCCUCUCCAGCAACCGUCAGCGGUUCCUUUGACGAUGACGUCGCUAGCGACGGCGGCGGCCGCCGCCGUCGCCAACUCCAACUACAACAACCAUUUCGGAGACAACUCGAACGAAGACGGUAAAAAGGUUAUCGGAAAAGAACAACCGAAGCCUGUGAAACCGACGCCGGUGAGGGCGGUGACCCACAGUCAAUCCGUAACGAACUCUAACCUAAAUUCGGUACUGAACUAUAGUACGGUGGGUGGUGGCGGUGGCGGUAUGGGAAUUUCGACGGUAUCAUUAACGCCUACGACCCUCAGUAAUUCCGUUGGGAUCGCGAUCCCGCCAACGGCGGUUAAACCGGCUACGGUAUCGUUAGUGAAUAACGUCAGCGGUGGUAGUACGCAAAAUUCUGUAGGGAACAAGAUCCUGUCGGGACGAGAAGCAUCGCCUGUGUCGGUAGCGCAAUCGUUAACGACGACGAGUUCGAUUUGCGGUAAUUUCGCCGCAGCGGCCGCCGCCACUACGGCCAAAGUCACCAGAGAGAGCAAUCCCGCAUCUGUGAUAACCAUUGUUAGUCAAGUUCAUACUCAAAACACAUCCAACGCCAUCAAUACAACGGUCCAUACAAAUCCCAUUACGUCGUUAGGAAUCCAAAAUUCAACAAACCCUCCUUCGAAAUUAUAUAACGAACAACAUGUACAAAAUAACUGCAUAAGUCCUGAACCGAAUAACGGUAGCGAACUGUCUACGUCAGAUGUGGAUGCGUUACAGCAAGUACCCAACGGUACAACACCGGAAAAGAUAAGUGAUGGUUUGACUUCGCUGAAAUCGAUGGCUCAACAGGUGAUUGACCAAGCGGGUUUACAGAACAACCAAGUCAUCCUCGAGCCCAACAAGUUACAGAACCAGGGGAAAUCCGACGCGCACAUACCACCUUUGUUGGGGGUGGCGCCUUUGGGGGCCAUACCUCUACAAAAAGAACACCAAACGCAAUUUCAGCUAAUGGAAGCAGCCUAUUACCAUAUGCCUCACCCUUCGGAUUCCGAAAGGAUAAGAACGUACCUGCCCAGGAGCCCGUGCACAACGCCUUCUUACUACAUACAAGCUCCUCUUGCUCACUCUGACAGUUUAGAGUUCUUCCAGAGGUUAGCGACGGAAACCUUAUUCUUCGUGUUCUACUACAUGGAAGGUACCAAAGCCCAAUACCUCGCGGCCAAAGCGCUCAAAAAACAAAGUUGGAGGUUUCACACUAAAUAUAUGAUGUGGUUCCAGAGGCACGAAGAACCCAAGAUCAUCAAUGAAGAAUACGAACAGGGGACUUACAUCUACUUCGAUUAUGAGAAGUGGGGACAAAGGAAAAAAGAAGGAUUUACAUUUGAAUAUAAAUACUUAGAAGAUAGAGAUCUUAAUUAAAAUAUUUAUAUUAAGAAA